UGUGGAACAACAAGUUAGCAAAACAGUCAGUGAUGAAAUGGCAGUUAAAACCAGUGAUGAGCCACAUCCAGAGAGUUCAAACAAAAAUACUCUACAAACUAAGAGAGGUCACUUUUCCAAAAUAAAACCUAAACCUAACCUUAGCCGAGUCUCCAGGACUGUACAAUCCAAAUCCCAACCAGAUAUAUCUGCAGCAAGGACAGCUGAAGAAAGCCACAGAGAAUCUGCUAACAUUAAAGACUGUUCUCUAGCAUUGCUAAAAGCUGACAUUUCCUCUACUGAAGUUAAACUAACAGCAAAGCCAUCUGAGAGUCAACCAGAUAUUGUUGGGGUUGAAUCAGUUGCAGAAAUCCAGUUCCAGAGUCACAGCUUUUCUGAAUCUACAUUUGAACCACAUAGGGAUCAGGCCACGAGAGAGACAAAGUCAUUAUCUGAGCCCACAGAUGAAAAACUUGCUUCCCAUGUUGAACCUUUUGAGACUGGUUUUAAGGAUCCGCCAAACUCUGACUCACUCAUCACAGAGGUUGAAGAGGAGUUAUGUUCAAUUGUGUCCCCAGCCAAGGAGAGCAGUGAUAAACCUACGGGUGAAACACACGCAGGAGAAUUAUCUGUCACUGAAAAAGGAGAAAGUGAAGUCUCAAAUACUUGCCAAUCUAGAAGGAGUCGAUUACCAAAAUUCAAACCCAAGCCAAAUCUGCUACAGACAUCAAGAACUGCAAGAUCUAAAUCCCAAACCACAAAGCAGCCUGAAGAGAGAGACCCCAUCCCAACGCAAGACCCCAAAUCUCGCAAACAAUCAAGAUGCUUAACCACAGAGGAUGAACAACCACGAUCAUCAUGCUCUGCUUCUCCUGAAAAACAUGUAGAAAGUGUAGAUACUCUUUUACCAACAACCACAGAUGGUAGACCGGACUUAGGUGCAGUAAUAACGGAUUGCGGUCCCUCACAAUGCCAGAACUUGGAAUCUGAGUUUGAUCUCAAAGGGAAUCAAGUCACUAAUGACACAAAGUCGUCAUCUGAGCCCACAGAGGAAAAAGUUCAGUCCUGUGUUGAAACAGCCAAGAGUGUUUUCAAUAAUUCAGCAACAUCAGACUUGGCGAUCUCAAAAGUUGAACAGGAGCCAUGCAUAGAAUCAGAACCAGGUCAAGAGAGCGCCGAGAAACCACCUUCAUGUGUUUCACAUCCAGAAGAUUUACCUGUCAGGCAAAAAGAAGUGAACAAAGACACAACUCCUUCACCAUCUAGAAGGAGUCGAAUGCAAAAGGUCAAACCUAAACCAAAUUUAGCACAGUCCUCAAGAAUUUCAAGGUUUAAACCUCAAACUGUAAAAUCGGUUUUAGAGAAGGACUUAAGCCCAACUUCAAACAUGAGAUCACCUGAAAAAACAACAGCAAAGGUGGAACCACAACUAGUAUGCACCCUGUCCUCCGAAAAACUGAGUGAAAACGCUGACCCUGCUUCAGUUUUAAAACCAUCAAUAAAUAUAGUUUCUACACCUACACUCUCGGAGGAGCUAUCAACAAAUGAGGAGUCUAGUUUAACAAAUGUUAGACUAGACUUGGGUGCAGCAACUUCAGAUCAGAGUGCCUCAGAAAACGUGAACCUCUCUGCAUCACAAUUUGAACCCAGCAGGGAUCAGGUCAGCAGCGAGACAAAGUCAGCAUCUGAUCCAGAAAAAAAUAUGCCUUGUAUUACCACAUCUGUGAGUAGUUGUAAAAAUGUGGUAGCACCUGACUCAGCAGUCACAGUCUCACAAGCUGGGGAAGCAGGUGAUGCAGAAUCAGCCUCACCCCAAGAGAGCAGCGUCCACCAGGCUGUUCUUGUUGCACCUGUUCAAGAGUCACCGCUUAAUCAAGAAAAGAGUGAAGCUGCUUCUCAGUUGAGGAGUCGUCGAUUGCAAAAAAUCAAACCCAAACCAAACCUGCCACAAACACCAAGAACUAUGCAGUCAAACUUAAAAUCCACAAAAGACCCUGUUAUACACACGCAGGUUGUGGAAAAACCCUGUAGCCAGACUUGUGUGUCUGAAUCAAGUGACUACAGAAUGAAAGAUGCAGAAGCCCAGCCAUCUUGCAGUCCUACCUCUCCAGAAAAAUCAAAUGAAUUUAAAAGUCCUGAUGCUUAUUCAGUUUCUGAACCAUCACUGGAAUCUGGCUCUUCUAAUAAAUGCCGAGAGGAAAUAUCUUCAUCAGAGAGGGAAAAGACAGAUGCUGUAUGUGGCCCAAUGUCAAGCGCAGUGAGCUUGGAACAAAAUAUCCCACAAAGAUUGCGGCGGUUUCCCAAGGUCAAACCGAAACCCAAUUUGGGAUCAUCCUCUAGAAUUACACAGACAAAACUACAGCCAGCUGAUAUCAGUAAAUCUGCAGAACAUGUUGAUACAAUCUCAAAUAUAGCACCAGCACAAGACCCUGGGGACAAUAAUGAUGCACAGAAAUCUGUGAAAUUGCCAGAGAAAAACCUAACAUCAGGACAUUGUUCAAUAAAUGUAGAAGUCUGUUCAGUAACAUCUCAACCUGUAGACUCGGAGAAAGCACUGGGCACCUUAGACAGUAAGGAUCCCCAUCCAAAUGAUCCCAGCUCUCCUCUUGGAUGUUUGGCACAAGUUAAUGAACAACAAAGUGAACAUGACCAUCAUUCAAGUAAUUCUGAAGUCCCUCUGGUUCCUGUGAACCAAGUGUCUUCUACCCAGAAUACAUCAACAUUAAGUACAAACGACAUCCAAAGUUUUCCAAUAUUUCAAGAGAUGCUGCCAGAGAAGGUGCCUUCAGAUCCCGACGAACCAUUUUUCAUCCUCUCUCUGACUGAGAUCCCGCUGUCCUCAUCAGGGGAGGUGGUGAACAGUGCAACUGAGAACCCCUCUUGUCUUUCUGUAGCAGAGUCAUCAAUACCUCAACCAAGUGGUGUUUCUGGAGAGAGUGUGGCAGCGGCAGGAGAGGGGUCUCUGUCUAAUGUCCCCAUGCCCAUGUUCAAAGAGAUAAAGAGUGUGACAGGCCUCAUCAGUGUGGAAGAGACUGUGCUGAACCCAUCUACACUGAUUGAUCAUAACAUUCAGAAAACAGUGGAUCCACAGGAACAUACUACAGACAAUCCACCAAAGUUUCCAGAUGCCGUGGACAAUAAUGAGCCUGAAGCAGCACUUAACAAGCAGAGACAAACAAGUAUUGGAAGAAGAGCCAAACUGCAAGUUAAACCUAAUGCAGCGAGGAGAAAACAAACCAGCAAGACCAAGUCAAUGAAAGCAGCGGAGUCAGUGCCUACCCAAACAAACACCACCCAGGAGCCAAAAGCCAGUGAUGCUGUCAUGGAAGCACAAAGGGGAAGCUGCAGCCGUGAUGAGGAGAUUGUGACAGAUGGAAAAGGCACUACCAGCAGCUUAGAAGCUCAAACUUCACAGAGGCGUGUGAGAAAACCCAAAGGCUCUCUUUCCUCGCUUUCUGUAACAAAGAAAACCAGCCUUCCACAAAAUCUUCCACCUAGCAAACCAGUUUCCAAGCGAUCUAAGCUUAAAACGCCACUGACUGAAGGACAACAGUCUUUGCUAGAGCCUGUAGCCUCCACAUCACAUGAUGUCCCUUCCACACAAAGCUUGACACAGACACUAAAAGAAACCCGUCCAGCAUCGAUUACACUGCUAACACAAACAGCAGUGAACAUCAGAGAGACCUGUGAUCAAAGUCCCAGGAGCCCAGAUCCUAGCACUUCACAGUGCACAGAGCAGGAUGACUGUGUGGACAGCUGUGCUCUUGAAGAGGAGCCCACCAGUGUGUCUCAGUACUUCUUAACCAACAUUUUCACAGAAGUGGAUGAGGGGUAAAAGCCACCUACGUAGUUGGAUUAAGAAGUGGAAUUUGUUGGCUUUUCAAAUUUUUAUUUCUGUAAAUAAUAAUUUAUAACUGAAAAGUUGUUGUUGUUGUUUUUGCUUUUAGUUUUAAUUCUUUCUUCACCAUACUGAUGAAUGCAGUUUCACAUUUGCAAACAUUUACUAGAGUAUCAGCUUGUUGAAACAACAUUUUAAACCUCCGUUAGUUUAAAUAUUAAAGCACUGUACAAAUGGAUAACAACAUUUGUGACUCAUAGUUUGACUGAAGUGGUGGCAGCUUUUGCUGAAUUUUUCAUAAAAAAUACUUCAAACCUCAGAUGUCUUACCUAUUUUUUUUUCUUCCUUUUGAUACAACUGUGAAUUUGUAAAUACUGUACAUGGUAGCAACUUCUUUUUUUUAUAUAUAUAUAUUUUUUGUCCGUUCUUGAUUAAUUUUCAGAUGACUUUGACCUCAGGAAGAAAAACACAGUUCGGUAGAUUAAGACCAUGUACAGUUGUACAUUUCAGUGUAAAGCCUUUUUUAAUGUCUCUUCUGUGUACUUUAGAAAUGUAACAUAUGUGGAAAAUAAAGACAGAAAUUCUGUUUUAAAAAAAAAAAAAGGAACCCAUUCAAAACAGAAUAAUCAAACUAUCAAAGAGUUUCUGCUGUAUGUUAAUAUGUUUAUAUAUAGUGUUGAAAUAGUGACUGUACCACACAGUUAUGCACCGUUUGACUUCUUGUUUCAUAAAAACACAUAGGGUAGAAAAUUACCCUAAGGGUUACAUUGGCUCACUGAAAGUGAAAGAUGUAAUUCUGUAAGAUCUGAAUAAAAAGUAUUACACCUA